AACUUCCCGACCCCUUUGCGGUCGCCACUAUCAAUGGCGAGCAGACCAAGACGACACAAGUUUCUAAACGAACGUUGAAUCCGUAUUGGAAUGAGAGCUUUGACUUGUAAGCGCGACCUCUGCACGACGGCGGCAGCUGGGACAGUGCAGCUCACAAGCAACAGCAAAGUCAACGAGGAUAGCAUUCUGGCGGUACAAGUGUUUGACCAGAAGAAAUUCAAGAAGAAGGACCAAGGUUUCCUUGGAGUCAUCAAUAUCCGGAUAGGAGAUGUCAUUGAGCUGGUUCCAGAGGCGGAUGGUACGGUAAACCCCACUCCCUGGCUCUGGCAUGAUGACUCUUUUCAUCCUAGCUAAUAUGCUGGCACCCCCUUUGUAGACCAGAUGCUCACGCGAGACCUGAAAAAGUCAACGACUGAUAACCUGGUGGUACAC